GGCAGAAGCGGUCACCCGCAAGCCAGCUCCGCAGAGGUCUCCUCAAGAAACGAGAGUGAGAGCUGCCUAUCUGGCUUAUAUGCCUUAUGCGCCGAGGGCGACAGUUGAGUCCUGUAUCGCACAAUGGGAGUUACAACGACGAGUCCGAAGCCCAGAUUCCGUAUUGCAAUAUGCGGCGCCGGCAUAGCAGGACUGGCACUGGCCACGGUGCUUGGGAAAUAUGACCAGAAGGACUCCCCCCUCGAGGUCGCCAUUUACGAGAGACAUUCCGAAAUGUCUGUGUUUGGUGCAGGAAUCAGCGUAUGGCAGCGGACUUGGAGAGUCAUGCAAUUACUUGGAAUCGACGACCAGCUGGCUCGGGCGUCCGAAAGGCCACCCAGUAAAGCGCUCGGACCUGGCUUCGUGUACAGACGCGCCGAUAGAACAGAGGAUACUUACAAUUAUUACACCGUCAUGCUGCCCUACGGCUCGUCCACCAUGCAUCGGGCAGAUCUGAUCCAAGUCCUGCUUCAGAACGUCCCGCAAUCGUAUACUAUGCAUAUGGACAAGAAGUUGGUCAACUAUUCGGAGAUUCUGGACGAGAAGGGGGAUGUCAUGCACUACGAGCUGCAUUUCACCGACGGAACGACAGCAGAAGCGGACGUUGUCAUCGGAGCCGACGGUAUCAAGUCAGCGGUGCGCACGUCUAUGUACGACAUCGCUCACCGGCAGGACUGUAUUCCGGACGUCGACCGAGAACACUGUUCGAGGUGCUCUGCCGCGACGCCGAAGUGGACGGGUAUCAUCACCUAUAGAGCUCUUAUACCGACCGAGAGACUCAAGGUGAUCGACCCUGAGCACCAAGGCUUUCGGUACACACUAUGCUACUCCGGGAAGUCAAAGCACGUCGUUUCCUAUCCUGUGUCGCACGGCAGCUUCAUCAACUGGAUCGGUUUCAAGACGAGGCCAGAGAUGGAGGGCACCGUCUACGAGGGCAAGUGGGCCGAAGAGGUUCCAAAGGAAGAGAUCCUGGAGCUGUUUGAAGGCUGGGAGAAGGAAGUCCAGGAUAUGGCGCAGUGCGUCGACACACCUACCCGCUGGGUAAUCAACAUGAUCUCGGAUUUGCCCUUCUCCGUACGCGGACGCGCAGCCUUGCUCGGUGAUGCGGUGCACGCAAUGGAGACGCAUCUCGGGGCCGGCGCAGGACAAAGCAUCGAAGACGCAUACAUCCUCGGAAGACUGCUCGCCCAUCCCUUGACGACACUCGACCGCGUCCACGAGGUCCUCCGGAUUUACCAAAGCGUCCGGCUGCCGUUCGCCAACACAAUCUUCAAGUACGCUCGAGAGACGGGUCGUAUGUGCGAAUUCAACUGGCCGGGCCAGUACGACGGGAGCGACUGCUCCGACGAGCGCGAGCAGCUGGAUAAGUUGGGCAAGUCGAUCUACCGAAACUGGCAGUGGCAGUGGCGCGAGUCGUUUGACGAGCAGUGGGAUGUGGCGGAAUGGGCUAUCGAGCAGUUCCAGCGCACCGACGCGCAGAAAGUGCAGGCGCAAUGAUGAUCAGAGUACUUGGAGGUGGUCAACACUCGACAGCGUAGAAUGUAGACUACUCACCGAUGGGUGAGCCGUGAUGGAUAUGCUUGCUGCGUUCCUUGAGGCUUGACACUCCGAGCACUGCACGA